CUAGACAGUAGUUUGGUUUCUUUGUUUGUUUUGUUUCAGUCCAAGGUUCUUUCCAGCUACACAGUGGUGCAAAAACGAACGAAACAGCUUUGAAAUUGAACAAGUUUUGUCCGAUGCUAUAAAUAAGAUUGUAUAUUAGAAGGCUUAUCGUCUCUUAAAGUUACAAACACCAUAUGUUUGGUCAGCAUUAUCGGAAAUAAAUCAUUCAAAUUCAUCGAUAAAGCCACUUUAAGCCGCCGUGAACGUGGUAGCAUCGAUAUCAUUUCGUCUUCAUCCUGAAUUCAAUAGUCGGUAAAAUAACGAAGGAAUAUUGCAAUUAAAGGAAGGAAGAUCAUCUAAUGAAUUGCUAGAUCUUUUGUGAAGGACUUACUCUCAGAGGAGCUGGUUUUAAAAUAUCCAUUUAUCAUGGGUGGUGCAGUUAGUUCAGGACAAGACAAUGAUGAGUUGAUUGACAACUUAAAAGAAGCUAACUACAUCAAAUCGCCAGAGGUGGAACAUGUCCUCCGUGUGAUAGAUAGAGCGGACUAUUUUCCAGAGGGAACUAAACAACAUGCAUACAAAGAUUUGGCCUGGAAGAGUGGUAAUGUUCAUUUGUCAGCUCCUUGUAUUUACUCUCAAGUUCUAGAAUCUCUUGAAUUAAAAGAAGGAUUAUCAUUUUUGAACCUGGGUAGUGGAACAGGCUACCUGUCCACCAUGAUCGGAUUGAUUAUUGGUGCCAAUGGAGUCAAUCAUGGGGUUGAAUUAUAUGGUGACGUUGUUGAGUUUGCUGAGACGAAACUCAAAGAAUUUUUGCGGACUAAUCCAGUAUACCAAGGAACCAACUUUUGUGAGCCAGUGUUUAUUGUUGGCAAUUGUUUGUGGUUAAAUGCACACUAUAGACAGUAUGAUCGUGUGUAUUGUGGAGCUGCCUGCCCUCCUGAAUAUGUAGAGUAUAUGAAGUCAUUAGUGAAAAUUGGUGGAAUUUUGGUCAUGCCCUUCAAUGAGAAGCUAUUCAGAAUGCGUCGAACUGGUGACACUGAAUGGGACAUUGAGGGGCUACUACCAGUGUCUUUUGCACCACUGAUAAACUGCAAGGAAGACAAGAAGGAAUUUCCUCAGUUUAUUGAAAUACCCACACAUCCAAGGUACCUCCAAGACCUCUGCAGACUUGUGAUAAGGAGAACUCUUGGUCCGGAUGGAGUAAAACAACUCUGUGAUCUACCUCUUCCUCCUGCACUUGUUAUGUAUCUGAACUACUUCCAUGAAUUGAGGCAAGAAUAAACAAGUUGUCUGAUGUAAUUUCUCUCUAUGCUUUCACUGGGGAAGAUGAGAAUGAAAGCAUGAUCUGCAAGGGCUCUAUAGGUGAAAGUAAUGUCUCCAUUCAGCGUUAAUCCUAAGCGAGGUAACACCCUGUCAAUAUGUGAGAGUUCUCAAGACAAAGACUUUUGCUCAAUUGUCAUCUAGCAGACUGUGAAAGACUAUUGAUACACAGUAAAGCAAAUUAUUCUGUUUCAUGACUUACUUGGGUUUGGGGGAAAAACAGAAGGAGGGUGGUUCUGGUUGGUGCUGAGACAGUUUAAUUGACCCUUUAACUCCCAAGAUCUCACUAGUAAUUAUUCUCCUUACUAUCUGCCAAAUGAUUUUCAUUAUGUUAGUUUGGAGACUUUGGUAUCAGAUCAAUUAGUAAUCUUAUAACUGAUAUUUUUCUCUAUUCUCAUCACUUGUCUGCAUGAUUUUGUAUAGAUUUUGACAUAGUAAGGAGAAAUUCUGUCUCGGUCACUCACUGGAGUUAAAGAGUUAAGGACUCUUCAGGCUCUCGUUCUGGUCCUAGGGAAUAGAAAUCACAGAAUGUGUUGUGUGACAAAGAGUAUAUGAUAUACUAAUUUCAACGAAACUGAUCCAAGGUUUUGAAGAAUCUUCAACAUUAGGAACUUGCAAAGCAUUCUCUUUACUGGAUUUCUCUAGUCUAUCUGCAAAAUAUUCAAGAGUCAAAUGUGCAAGAUUGUUGGUAGAGAACUGCAGUGAAGAUGCUCAAAACCCUCACAAAGAUAUCUCUCCUCUUGAGAUUGUUUCAGACUCUCCUAUUUAAGGUACAUUUCUAAAUUCUCUCAUUCAGUGCAGUAAUAGUGCAAAUUGUGUGCUGCAUUUUAGGUGCAUGAAACAGAAGUAUCGCUUUUGCUUGUCUUUUUUAUAUUCAUGAACUAGUCUCUGCAUUUUCUGUUGAAACAUUUUUGUAAAUACAUGGUGAUGGUGUAUUUAUUGAAGUAAAUGGAAGUUAAUUUC